UAUUUUCCAUAACCUUUCGCCAGUCGAGCCUCCCUUCGCUGGCACAGUCAGCACGCACACACACCACACCACAACGCACACAGAGACGUUCGCAGCCUCUGCUGCUAUCAUCACAUCACAAAGCAUGCCACUGUCUUCCUCUUCUUCUUCUGCGACGACAACAACGACCACAAUGGAAGGGAAAGCUGACUGGCAGCAGCCAGGCCAAGGCGCAGCCGACCCACAACAGCAGCUGAGAACAGCGCUGGGUGUCUUCAAGAACGCACAGACGGACGAGCAACGGUUUGUCGGACUGCUACUGUUGGCAAAAGGCACACCUCCAAGUGAUGCAUCUGACGUGGAGGCUGUUGAGAAGGUUGUGGGCUACUCGUUCCUGAAGCGGCUGCUCAACUCGCACGGCGACCAGAACGUGGGCCUGCUGUACCCACGCCUGGCCAUGUCCAUCCUGUCCCUGUACGCCGCAUCCGACUGCAUUGCACGUUCCAAGUCGUUUGCGCACAUCCUCCCCAACGUGGUGAAUGCGCUUGUACGCCUGCUGGAAACGCCAUCCGAGCAAUCAGGCGACACCGACGCCGUGCCGGUCAACCCGAGGCAGCCGCGCCCGCGUCACAGCGGUCAUGAUGGCGACGAUGAUGGCGUGGAGAACCGUGGCGACGAUGAAGACAGCAGCGGGAAGGCUGCAAACACAGCUGCAGCCACCAGGGAGGAGGUUGAGGAAGGCAACGGUCAAGAUGAAGGCAACGGUGAUGGUGAAGAAGAAGAAGGUGCCGACAUCCAACAGCCGCCACUGUCACCAUCAGAUCAGGCUGUCUUUGACGCCCUGCACAUCCUCAUCACCGCCCUCGACUACAAUCACAAACCGAGCCUCCCUCCACAGCUGCUGCCUGACCUGAACGCGUGGCUCGAGGACCGCGGUGUGGAUGCACCACAGGCGCCCAUGUCAGCCCUGCUUGCCUUUGCCUACCGCAUCGGCCUCCUGUAUCCGUCCAUGCACGCCACCACCGCCGUCUUCCUGGCGCACGUGUUUGCCACGCGUCAUGACGAGUACAAGCUGGAGAGUGCAAAGGCCCUCACGUCGCUGCUGCAGUCAGUCUCCCCUGCCGCCUUUGCUGCCGCGCCCACACCGCACGUCAUCCUCUACCCCAGCACCACCAGCAGCAGCAGUAGCAGUAAAGGAGGCAGCCACACACGCGCAGACAAGAAGAGCGCCGGCAGUGUUGGUGAUGCUGGUGCCAAUGAUGAUGGCGAUGAUGAUGACGACGAGCCGUGCAAGAACUGGUUCUCCUCUGUUGUGCGGACGAGCAAAGCGCUAUUGCAGCACAAACUUGGCCCCCGCGAGCGCCGUUUGGUGCUGCAGCUCAUAUCUGCCGCCGUCGCACACGCCCACUUCAAGCACCUCCCCACCCCGACCCUCAACGAAUGUCUGCCACUCAUUUGUCGCCGCGCCGCCAUUGAAGUUCGCAUGGCGCUUGAGCAGGAGCACCUUGAGAGCUGCAUUGAGGAUGUUGAGCUGACCGCCUGCUGCUUCUUCAUCGUCGAGGACUCCAUCUCAUGUCUCGUGAACCGCGGUGAUGAAAUGGAAACCGCCAGUCUUGAAAACGCCCUCUCUGGGUGCAAGAUGACGGUUGAGGCUGUGCUGUUCUUCACUGCAAACAGCAGCGACAACGCGUGGGAAUCGCAGUCCGAGCGGGUGCUGCUGCUGCUGGCCGGGUGUGCACGCGUGCUUGGGGCGUGGUUUGCCGAGAACGACAAUGGCAUCGAUCAGUUCCUUCCGACUGCGGAGUACCUUCUUCAACUCAUCAAUGACCGCUCCCUGUCCGCCAACCCUGAAGACCGGUCGUGGUCGCGGCUUGUUCUGCGGCAUUUGCUGCCCGCGCUGUGCACGGGAACAGCGCACACGCCCUUCCGGCACUCGGUCGUGGGCGACACCAACUGCAUUUCGCUCGCGUGUACCGUCGUCUCGUCGUAUCUGCAGCGCGCAGGCGUUAUUCCUUCAGAGGACGCUUCGUCAUCGCUGUCGCCAUCGUCGUCAUCAUCCGUGGGUGUGGCGCAUGCGCCCACCAAGACGGCUCAGGGCGAACAGGCGGCAAAGAAGACGAGAACGACGGGCACAACCGCUGCACACGGCAACAGCGAUGACGACAGUGAUGAUGGUGAUGAUAGUGAUGGUGAUGAUGAUGGCGGUGAGCAGGCUGCGUUUGAACGGCUGUCCAUUACACAACCAACCGAUUCCAAGAUGGGCAGUGGCGAUGAUGACGAGUACGACGCAUCGGCAUGCAACCUCGCGUGCAAUUUGCUGCUCAACGUGUUGGUUGAGGACCCAGCGGAGGCGCGCCAGUCCGCCUCCCUUGCGCAACUCGCACGCACCCUCGCCCCCACUCUCGCACAUGCAAAGACGUUUGAAGAGCCCACAGCCCUGGCCUCGCUCGUCACCGCAUACACAGUGAAACGGGACGCAGACCGGUGCGCGUUUGCCCUUCGCGAUGAUUCCAUUCGCAGCGCCGCCGCCGUGCUUGCAGGCACAAAAAAUACACUGUCAAACGCACAGCGCGACGACACUGCUGGCGAGAGUGAUAGCCACAUUGCUGCUGCUGCUGUUGCUCCGCUCCUGUGCAACCACGGCGAGCUGCUCCUGCUGCUGACAAUGGUGUCCGGCGACCUUGUGUGCGAGGUGGACGGGAACAUUGGAAAGGGCAGCACAGCGCUCACAUACACGCGCAAAGAUGACGGCGGAUACGCGUGCAACGGCGGAAGCGGCUGUGGUGAUGGUGAUGGUGAUGAUAAUGAUGAGGAGGAUGAAGAUGAUGAAGAUGAUGGGUUUGAGUAUGGUGAACAGAGUGCGCGCAGCAUUCAGAUGAAGCGAACAGAGGCCGGGCGCAAGCAGGCGACAGCGCGGGCGGUGGCGGAGUGGUGCGAAGCCGUGGCCUGGCUCUGUCUCUCCGCACACACGCACAUGAGUGAUGCUAAGAAGCGCAAGGGAAGGCAAGCGAGGAAGCAGCAGCAGCAGCCUCAGCCUCAGCAGCACAAGGACGGGCACAAAGGAAAGGCAGCAGGAAAGAAGGGGAAGGCUAAAUCAAGCAGCAGCAACAGCAACAGCACUGACAGGAACCAUGGUGAUGCUGGCGACGCUGAUGCGUGCACAAGCGACACCAACAGCUAUGACGAGGUGCUUGAGGACGUGAAGAUGGGUGCGCUGGUGCAUUUUGAACGGGCGUUGUCGCGUCACCGCUCGUGGCUGCUCCCGCGCCUGCAGCGGCACAUUGGGCCGCCCGCACAGCAGCUCGACUGCAUUGAGCUGCAGGCCAUCCUCAGCAUGUAGGCACGACGUUGUGUGUGUGUGUGUGUGUGUGUGUG